CAUAGUACUCCAAGGCGGUACAUUUCAAUAUUUCAAUGCAGUGGCAUUUAUAUUACAAGAUGGGCUACAUUUAAUUGCUUAGUGUUAAAUUAGGCAUUUUGUUAAAGACCAUAUAUAUAUUUAAGUGAUCACUGACGUUUUUUAAUUGUUUCCAUUACUUGUGAGCAGAUAGUUAAUCUACGAGAGCGUGCAUAUCUAUGUUAGAUUGUAAUGAACAUUUCAUAAAGUAAUUUACUCGCACAACACUAUCUAUCCAAGUUGUUUAAUUUAAAUUAGGAGCGCAUUCAUUUGCUCCUGGAAUCAGCUUCCCCCUCUGUGGGCCAGUAUCAUGACAAUACAGUCCUGCUGCCAAGGACCCCAUGUUGCUAAGUAACAAUGCCAAACAAGAGGAAACUUGCAUUUGCAGUGUGCAGGAAAGGAAACAUUGUAUUCCUGAGCUUUCCUCUCGACUUUGAGGAUUACGGUCAUUGUCGGCAGUGGCUGAUGUCGUUGAUGGACUUUUAAAACUGAAAACAAUCAUCACUUUGUUAAGUCAGAAGUGGAAAUACAAGACUAUGCACCAUGACCAAAAGGAAAGGAAACACAGGGACAAAGGUGACACUCAAGGAUGCCAAGAAGGCCAUACGGAUGAAACCUGACGGGUGGCGCCGGCUCACACUUAGCAACAUGGGCAUAACCAUCUUCCCGCAGUGUAUCCUCAAACUGACUAACAUGGAUGAGUUGGACCUGAGCCGCAACCAGAUACAAAAAAUCCCAGAGAGCAUUGGGAAGUUGUCGUCGCUCAGGUGGCUGGACCUGCACAGCAACAACCUCGAGUCCGUGCCCGAGUCCAUCGGUAAACUGGUGGGCCUGACCUACCUCAACCUCUGUAACAAUCGUCUCACCUCAUCAGGUUUGCCCGCUACGCUGGCCUCCCUCACCAACCUGACAAGUCUAAACCUGGGGUUGAACAAGCUGGACGCUCUGCUUCCCACGAUGGUCCCUGUGGAGAGCCUCCAAGAGUUAGGCCUGUUUGAUAACCUCUUCACCCGCCUGCCAGACUUUGUGAAGGCACUACACAAUCUGACUAAAGUGAACAUAAAACGAAACCCCUUGUUGAAAGUUAAGGAGGCUGGCGAGGAGAUGGAAAGUGAAAAGUCAGACGAGGAGGACGGUGUGUACCUCGUCCAUGAGAGUAGACUGUGUAGUACGUGCCUUAAAAUAUGUAAAGACCCAGGAGGAAGGCAUUUGAGAGGAGAUUGUAUGAGGGACAUGUUUGACGACAAAAGGUGUUAUUCGGGACUGGUAACACCAAACUCGGUGGCCGCGGUCAAUCAGGAUGUGUGGAGAGUUAAGAAACUAGAACACUUUCAGUCGUUCGAAAGCAAUAUUUGAUAUGUUUUCAUGCAUAUCGCACUUCAUCUCAUAAUGCAACAACAAUGAAAACAUUUGCCCCCUUCAAUAAACUGCUGUUUAUUGACUUGA